UGUGCUAAUGAUUGCCGCUGUUAAAAAUCCCAGCUCGAAAAUCUGUUAGAAAGUUAGUCAGCUGACCAGAGAAAGACCUUUGCUUGCCAAAUGAAGUUUUGUUUGCUGAGAAGACCUUCAGGUUUAAGCUUCGGAGUCUUCAGGGAUGAGCCUGCCCUCUUCUCCCUUGUCUUCACCCUCUGAGUACCCUGGAUCCUGCCUGUGAAGAUGAACCACACACAACCUGUGCUUCCCAGCGUCAACUCAUCCUAUCUUCCACCUUUAUAUGACCAACAAAGCCAGGAUGAGGAGGAUGACGACAUCAGUCCCUCUGCAACCCUUCUUCCCACGAUUUCCUCGGCGCCUCUGGCUAUGCGCUACAGUCCAGAAGACUCGUACAAACUGGUGUAUCUCACCUUUUUUCUGAUGGGUAUCGGCUCCCUGCUGCCCUGGAACUUCUUCAUAACGGCGAAGCAAUACUGGCUCUACAAACUUAGCAACAGCACUGACCAGAACAAACACUCUGGUCUCGGUGACUACUUUGAAAGUUACAUGUCCAUUGCUUCAGCGGUGCCUUCUGUGCUGUGCCUGAUACUCAGCUAUUUUCUUGUUAACAGGUUGUCUCCAAAGGUUCGAAUCCUGUCCUCCCUCGUCGUGAUGCUGUUGGUGUUCGUGGUGACCACGGUGCUGGUGAAGGUGGACGUCUCAGAAUACAAGAUGGAGUUCUUCGCCGGCACACUUGUCAGCGUUGCUGUGGUCAGCGGAGCCUCCAACAUCUUCUGUGGCAGCAUGUUUGGGAUCAGUGGCUAUUUUCCCAUGAGGAUCUCUCAAGCCUUUAUAUCAGGCCAGGCGAUGGGGGGCACCUUGACUGCACUAGCAUCGAUAGUGACCCUAGCUGUGUCUGAGGACGUGACCACCAACGCUCUGUCCUAUUUCCUGAUAGCAGACGUCUUUAUCCUGCUCUGCAUUAUUUCGUUUUUGCUUUUGCCAAACUAUGCAUAUUCAAGGCACUACAUGGCGGCAGCGACCUGCGUCAGUCCCGGGACGCUCAAUGAGGAGCGGAGUCCAGCAGGCGGAGUCCCUCCGCUGCAGCCCAUCAUUAAGAAGGCCGGGGUGCUUGGACUCUGUGUCUUUUAUGUCUUCUUCGUCUCAAUAUCAGUAUUCCCUUCCGUCUCAUCUGGAAUCCAGUCUAUGAACACGGACAGCGGCAGCCCCUGGGCAACAACUUAUUUUGUACCUCUGACCAGUUUUCUCCUUUAUAACGUUGCAGACUUUAGUGGCAGGCAGGUGACAGCCUGGGUGCAGACCCCUGGCCCCACCAGUCGGGUCCUGCCAGUGCUGGUGCUGUGUCGCUCCGUGAUGGUGCCACUUCUCAUGUUCUGUAACUACCAGCCACGGAACCACCUCCAUACUGUGCUGUUCCCCCAUGACGUUUACCCUGUGGUCUUCAACUGCCUGCUGGGUCUCUCUAACGGCUACCUGGGUACCCUGCCGAUGAUCUAUGGACCAAAGGUGGUUCCCCGGGAGCUGGCCGAAGCCACAGGAGUGGUCAUGUCCUUCUUCCUCACUCUGGGGCUGGCUGUUGGAUCUGCGUUUUCUGUUUUAAUUGUGCACAAUAUCUGAACCAAAGCCAUAUAUAGCUUUGUAGUGAAGAAAAACAUACAGCCUUUACUUUCACUGGACCACCAGGUGUCAGUUUCUCUGUACCUCAUCUGGUUUCCAGUGUCGUCUCAAUCCUACAGUAAUUAGUGCCGAUUCUAAGAACUGAAGCAUUAUGUGUGCAAUUUGACAUAUUGCAGAAAUUAUACACAGGAUAUGGAGGAGAUGAAAGUUUGGGGUAAGCAAUAAAUGAAACACUUUGUUUAUAAUUUUGCUAAAAUAUAAACAAUGUAAAAAGAUUACAUGAUGAGUUUAAAAUGUAACUGUUCAGUGUGUAACAAGUACAUUUUGCUGAAGAUAAAAGACCAAAGUUGCUUUUGUUUUAAGCAAGCUUGAUUCAUCGUUUCUAUGGUACUAACAAGGCUUUGUGAAGGCUGGGUCACAACACUUCCUGAUACUUUGUCCUAAAUGUGUCUUUGUAGUUAAAUUAAUUGAUUAAUUCAGCUUACUGUGAAUUUGGAAGAACUUUGUCCUUCUUCCAUGUGAUCUCUGGCUUUGAAACUACUUCCAAAUAUACUGGUCAUAAGAAAAUGCCAGAAGCUAGUGUAUAUGCCAGCUAAUCUUGCUGUUGAUUGACCUUGAGUGACCCAUCAGCUUUGACUGGCAUCUUCACAAGGGGCUUUUUGCACAUUUUGUACCAAAAUUCUCCCUAGGACAAGGAACCUGUGCCCUUGUAUUCUUCUAGUAUUAAGCAAUUGCAAAUUGUCUGAAUGAACCUAACACAAUGAGUCCUUUAUUUGCCAGCAAGGUAGAAUGAUGUAUAUUUGGCAGAUUUUCAGUUAUUGUUUAACAUGUAGACUUAGCAUUUUCUAGAGUCAUCUGACUGAUGGUACUCUCAUCUUCUGCAAGUAUUGAGGAGGCAUGACACUGUUUUCACCUUGACUUUCUAUGAAACUUUAUAAUUGGCAUCAUGUUUGAAAUCAUGUCUGUACAGAUACUUGAGCUUUGGUAAGCAAAAAUGCCACUAAAAAUGUCUAUAGAUUUAAUAUAUUUGCAAAGUUUGUACAAAGUGUGAUGACUCAAGGUUAAUAUGGAGACAGAGCUGUUUUGGUUUGGAAAUUACUUUAAUUGAUAAAGUCAAAUCAACUGAAUCGUUCAGUUGCACAAAGCAGAUUUAAGAUUCUGGCAUUGCAGACAAAUUUACAAAGAUAAGAGUGCAAACAUUGAGAAGUAGCCUCCACAUGUGCUCAUAAAAACAUCUGCAAAAUGUUCAAGAUUCACACAUAUUUGCCAAGAUAAUGACAAGCCAGUACAAUAGUAAUUGGUUCACAAGGUUGCAGUCAGUAAAUCUAUAGGGGUGAAAUAAGUUCAAUCUGUCAUUUCAAGCAAGCAAUACAGAAAAUACAUACAAAAAUCAGACCUGACCAAGUUUCACAUCACUUGUGUCUUCACCCCAACCUCCCACCUUCAAACCCUUCAUCUCCCAAACUAUAGAGAAAAAAAAAAAAAA